GGUCUCUCGUCGGCGUUCCCGCUGCGCAUCGCAGCCUCUGCUCGGCCACUCUCCCGUUCGUACCCCCUCCCUGGCUCCUUCCUCCUUAAACCCUAGAUCGGGUCCCUCCGCCACCCGUGCGUCCUCGUCACCGCCGCCGCCGCCGCCGCCACUGGGAUCUCGCUGACCUCCCCUCUUUGAGGUCGGUUGCAGGCCGCAAGUACGUCCUCGGCUCGUCCCGCGGUCGCCGACUCGCCCGUCGCCGGUGCCUUACCUACGCUGCCGCGUCCUCCCUCGGUACCUCCCCUGUUUCCCCCUCUCGCCGGCCGACGCGGCGACGCCCACGGGCUAGUUGGGCAUGGAGCAAUGAAGUACUUGGGAGCACGGCAGGGAUCCCUCACUCACGGCUGCUGACUCUGGGUUAUCACCUCAUCAUCACCCAUGGCCGCCGGUACUGUGUUCCCUGUUCUGCGCUCCUCCGAGUACUUCACAAGGCCGUCGAUCGAUGAGCUGGUUGAGAGGGAGGAGGCUGAUCCUGGCUACUGCAGCAGGGUUCCGAACUUUGUCAUUGGGAGGGCUGGAUAUGGGCAGGUUAGGUUCCUGGGCAACACUGAUGUGAGGGGGAUUGACCUGAAUGAUAUUGUCAGGUUUGACAAACAUUCUGUGGUGGUUUAUGAGGAUGAAACUGGUAAGCCGCCUGUAGGGCAUGGCCUAAAUAAAGCAGCGGAAGUGUCAUUGCUGCUGAAUCUAAAGGAUCUUCCGGAGCCCAGUAUCCUUGUUGAAGUGCUAAGGUGUCGUGCAAGAAAGCAAGGUACUAGGUUUCUCUCGUUCAAUCCAGUGAAUGGUAAAUGGAAAUUUGAGGUUGAUCAUUUUAGUAGAUUUGGGCUUGUGGACGAGGAGGAAGAAGAUGCUGUGAUGGAUGAGGCAGCUGUUCGGCAGCCAAUUGCCGAACUAAGAGAAAGAGACCUGCCUUCAAAUGGUUACGAAAUGGAGCUUUCACAUUCAUUGCCUGCUCAUCUUGGGCUUGACCCUGCAAAGAUGCAAGAAAUGAGGAUGGCUAUGUUUUACAACGAGGAAGAUGAUGAAUAUAUGGAGGAUGGGUUCCCAUCUGAUGAGAGGUACCUUAGCAGAGAAAGGAUGAAUGUUGAUUCACCCACUUCAAGUGGUAAAGGUUCAAGGUUAAGGUCUGUCUCACCCUUGCACAUGUCUUCUCAGAAGGUUGGCAGGAGGUCUAUGCCUGCUCGGAAAGAACCACUCGCUCUUUUGGAAUACAGUAUGAAUUCUUCAGAGCUUGGUCCAUCGACUCAGGGUAUGCUUAUGUCUGGGCAAAACAAAGGAUUUCCAGUGAAAAUGACCAAGGUUAAAGGCUUUAAGCUUCAAGCUGAGCAAGAAACUCCUGUUGCUGGAAAAAUGUAUACUAAUUGUGUAGUGGAUGCUGCUUUAUUAAUGGGUAGAUCGUUUCGUGUUGGUUGGGGACCAAAUGGUAUGCUUGUUCAUUCAGGUAGUCUGGUCAAUAGUCCUGGAACUGGCCUAUCUUCGGUUAUUCACAUAGAGAAAGUUGCAAGUGACAAAGUUGUGCGUGAUGAUAAGAACAAGAUUAAGGAGGACCUAGCAGAACUAGUCUUCUCUGAUCCAAUGGACCUACACAAGAGUCUUGAUCAUGAAUUUCUGGAGACUGAAUCUGACUUGUUCAGACUAAAGCUUCAGAAAGUUGUGGCAAAUCGUUUGGUUUUGCCAGACAUCUGCAGGUCAUAUAUUGACAUCAUUGAAAGGCAGCUCGAAAUCAGUGAUUUAUCUAUGUCUUCGCGUGUGCUGUUAAUGCAUCAAGUUACAGUCUGGGAGUUAAUUAGGGUCUUGUUCUCAGAAAGAGCAAAUGGAAACCAGUUGGAGCCCACAGGAGAUGAUGGUCAGGAAGGCAUGGUUUUAGACAGGAAAGAAGGUUCUGUCAACAUAGAUCUUGAAGCACUCCCUUUGGUUAGGAGAGCAGACUUUAGCAAUUGGUUGCAGGACAGUGUUUGCCAUCGGGUGCAAGGCGAGGUGGGUUCCUUAAGUGAUGCCAGGUACUUGGAGCUUAUUCUUCUUCUUUUGACUGGUCGACAAUUGGACUCAGCCGCAGAAGUUGCUGCCUCAAGGGGUGAUGUCCGGUUGGCUAUCUUGCUAAGUCAGGCAGGUGGAUCAAUGUCAAAUCGAUCUGACCUUUCUCAACAACUGGAUCUAUGGAAAAUGAAUGGCCUGGAUUUUAAUUAUAUCGAGGAAGACAGGUUGAAGGUAUAUGAGUUGCUUGCUGGUAACAUACAGGCUGCUUUCCUAGAUUCACCAAUCGACUGGAAAAGGUACCUUGGUUUGAUCAUGUGGUAUCAAUUACAGCCUGAUACAUCCCUUGAUAUUAUAAUUCAUUCCUAUCACCAUCUCCUUACUGAGGGCAAAGUUCCCUACCCUGUUCCUGUAUAUAUAGAUGAAGGACCACUUGAUGAAGCGCUUCAGUGGUCCCCAGGCGACCGUUUUGAUAUCUCUUUUUACCUAAUGCUUCUUCAUGCCAAUCAAGAUGAGAAGUUUGGGCUGCUAAAAACUAUGUUCAGUGCAUUCUCAUCUUCAUACGAUCCCUUGGACUAUCAUAUGAUAUGGCAUCAACGUUCAAUUUUGGAAGCUAUUGGUGCUUUCAGUUCAGAUGAUCUUCACUUGCUGGAUUUGAGUUUUGUUUAUCAAUUACUUUGUCUUGGGAAGUGCCAUUGGGCUAUCUAUGUCAUUGUACACAUGCCAUAUCUUGAUGACGCCCCAUACAUCCAUGAGAAGUUAAUCAGGGAAGUUUUAUCACAGUAUUGUGAGUCAUGGAGUAAAGAUGACGCUCAAAGGCAAUACAUUGUGGAACUUGGUAUACCAGAAGAAUGGAUGCAUGAAGCUCUGGCUCUUUAUCAUGAAUACUAUGGAGAUCGUCAGGGUGCACUGGAGAAUUUUAUUCGGUGUGGCAAUUGGAAGAAGGCUCAUACUAUUUUCAUGACCUCUGUUGCUCAUACUAUGUUUCUGUCAUCAAACCAUCAGGAGAUCUGGGAGAUCACAAGUGCCUUGGAGAAUCAUAAAUCUGAAAUUGCUGACUGGGACCUUGGUGCCGGAAUAUACAUUGAUUUCUACAUUCUAAAGAACUCAAUGCAAGAAGAAAGUGCAAUGGAUGAUUUGGAUCCACUUGAGAAGAAAAAUGAAUCAUGCAAAAGUUUCUUCGGCCGAUUAAAUGAUUCAUUACUAGUAUGGGGAAGCAAAUUACCUGUCGAAUCAAGGGCAUGCUACUCGAAGAUGGCAGAGGAGCUAUGUGAGCUUUUCAUGAACGCCCCAGGCGAAGCAAUGAAUCUACACAUGGGAUGUUUCCAGACGAUGCUGAACGCUCCAGUCCCUGAUGACCGCAAGUCAUCGUACCUGCAGGAGGCAGUCACUCUCUUCACCGAAAUUCUGUGCAGUGAUUCAUGAGAGAAGUAUCCGUUCCAUCGUUUCUGUAGGCUGUUUGGGACCCUUCUUUAUGAUCUGCAGUGUUUAGACAUGGCUCCUGUUCAGAUCAGUUUCGGAAUCUGAGUGAAGGUUACCUCUGAAGCCUACAAUACACCGAAGAGCUUCCCAGGCACGUGUGGUAGAAAUGUAUAAUCUCCCCGGUGAAUUGGCAUACCGUGUAAACCCCUGAAGACAUGCAGCGGGUUCUUUUUUUUGUUUGCAUAGAGUAUCAGGUCUUGUAAACUGUUGACUUGUGAGGCUGUGCCCAUCAACGUGCUUCCUCGGUUUCUUUUUUUGUGAUUACGAAAAGAACAGCUUACAGCGACCUUUGUACGGGUACGUUGAAAAUUGAAGAAUCCGUGCAGUUCUCUCUCCCAA